AUGGAGCUUACCAAGAAAUCAACCCCGAAAAGCAUCUUGAUCUUCGGUGCUGCUGGUCACAUUGGCCAACCCCUUGCCGAAUAUCUCACAGGCGAAGCCCCGGAUAUCCCAACUUUCGCUUGUCGCCAGAAGCACCGAGAAGCAGAAAAUACUCCAGAACGACUUUCCUGA